UGGUGGGUCCCAAAGUGUGGGAGGGUAACAGCUGUUUCCAGUGGGUCCCAGAAGGUCCUAGAAGGUUCCAGUGGGUCACAGAGCAUACAGAGAUCCUGGUAGUUCUCAGUGGGUCCCAGUGGGUUCCAGCACAUCCCAGUAGAUCCAGGGCAGUCUCCACAGCUAACAGAGCAUGUGGGGUUCUCAAGAGGUCCCAGUAAAUCCCAGUGGGUCCCAGAGCACACACUGGUCCCAGCAGAUCCCAACAGGUCUCAGUGAUCCUAGUAGGUCCCAGCUGAUCUUAACAGAUCCCAGAGUAUGUGGGGGCUCCCAGGAAUCCAAACAGGGUCCCAACAGUUCCAAGUGGAUCCCAGUUGAUCCCAGAGCAUGCAGGAUCCCAGCAAGUAAGUCCCAAUGAGGAGCACACAGUGGUCCCAGCACAUCCCAGUAGGACCCAGCAGUUCCCAGUAGGUUCCAGUUGGUUUGCUUAAUGGAUCCCAGAACACACGGGGGUCCCAGGAAUCCCAGCAGGGUCCCAACAGUUCCCAGUGGGUCCCAGUAGGCCCCAGAGCAUGUGGGGGUCCCAGAAAUUCCUGGAGGGUCCCAACAGUUCCCAGUGGGUCCCAGAUCACGCAGGGGGUCCCUUUGGGUUUCAACUCAACCCAGUCAGUCCCAGCAGAUUCCCAAUGGGUCCCAGCAUGUCCCAGAGCACACAGUGGUCCCAGCUCAUCCCAGUAGGACCCAGCAGUUCCCAGUAGGUCCUAGGUGGUUUAGCUUAAUGGAUCCCAGAACACAUGGGGGUCCCAGAAAGUCCCAGAGGGUCCCAACAAUUCCCAAUGGGUCCCAGACCACACAGGGGUCCCUUUGGGUUUCAGCUCAUCUCAGUCAGAUUCCCAAUGGGUCCCAGAAAGUCCCAGAGCACGCAGUGGGUGACAGUGGGUCCUGGUGGUGUUGGUGGCCCCAUAACCAAUGUCAUUCCUUAGUCCCAUUCCCGCUACGUCUGUCUGGAGGCCCCGGGCGCUGCGUGGGGCGCGUGGAGCUGCUGCACAACGGGAGCUGGGGCACAAUCUGCGAUGACGACUGGGGGCUGCCAGACGCGGCGGUGGUCUGCAGGCAGCUGGGCUGUGGGACUGCAUUGGCUGCCCCAUCAGGGGCCUGGUUUGGGGAAGGAUCCGGCCCUAUUUGGCUCAACCACGUGCGGUGCAGCGGUGAUGAGCAGCGCCUUGCCCAGUGCCGGCACCGGGGGUGGCACAGCCAUGUCUGCACCCAUGAGGAGGACGCCAGCGUUGUGUGCUCGGCUCAUCCUUUGCUAUCGCCUGGGACCACGGAGCCCAGUGGCACUGCUGGCAGCACCACAAUGGGCGGGUCGGUGCCAGCAGUGAUGUGGAUGCCCUAUUCCCCAGCCCCACACCCAUUGCGUUUGGUUGGGGGUCCUGGACGCUGCGCGGGGCGCGUGGAGCUGCUGCAUAGUGGGAUCUGGGGCACAGUGUGUGAUGACGGCUGGGGGCUGCCGGAUGCAACCGUGGUCUGCAGGCAGCUGGGCUGCGGAGCUGCACUGGUUGCACACGGUGGGGCGUUUUUUGGUGAGGGCACCGGCCCCAUUUGGAUGGACAAUGUGCGGUGCUGGGGGAAUGAGUCAGCAUUGCUGCAGUGCCCAGCUGCACCAUUGGGCAUCACCGACUGCCGUCACCGGGAGGAUGCAUCCGUCAUUUGUGCAGAUGAGCUGACUGGGGUAGACCCCAUGCCCCCCACUCCUGAACAGCUACCCACCAGGUCAUUGCUGGUGUCCCCCUCUGCUGUGCCACGUGUGGGUGCUCGGCCUUGCAGCACCAGCUCCCCACAACUUACACCAAGCAGCCGGCCUACGGAUGCGACAUCACAGAUGGCCCCGUUCCUGCUGCGCCUGGCUGGGGGUCCUGGGCGCUGUGCAGGGCGCGUGGAGCUGCUGCGUGCCGGGAGCUGGGGCACAGUGUGUGAUGACAGCUGGGGUCUGCUGGAUGCACAUGUGGUCUGCAGGCAGCUGGGCUGUGGGGCUGCACGCAAAGCCCUCCGCAGCGCACACUUUGGCCCCGGCAUUGGCCCCAUAUGGCUGGAUGAGGUGAAGUGCAGCGGGACGGAGGCUGCGUUGUGGCGCUGCCCAGCUGAGCCUUGGGGCAAGCACAACUGUGACCACGGAGAGGAUGCUGCUGUCAUCUGUGCAGGGCCAGAAGACUUGUCACCUGUGGGGACCUCCCCAUCUCCCUCAGGAUGGGAUCCAGCCAGCUCCAUCCCUCAACGUCCUUUAGGACGGAUUCUGGCCACAAUCAUUCCUACGCGUCCCCAAAGACAGGAUCCAGCCGUCGGUGUCACUAGAACCACUGCACAGGCCACAGGACGGGAUCCAUUCACCAGUGUCCCCAGGACCACCAUGGGAUCUGCAGGACAGGGCCGAGUCAGUGCCACCUCAACCAAAGCAGGGCGAGAUCCCAUCCGUAUCAUCAGGAUCACCCGACUCAAAGCAGAACAGGAUCCAGCUGGCAUCAUCCAGAGCACCAAGCCCAAAGCAGCUGGUGUCACCAGGCUGAAGGCAGGACGGGAACAUGGUGGCCCCAACAGGUCCAAAGUGGAAUGGGAUCCAGCUGGCACCAACAGGUCCAAGGUGGGACGAGAUUCAGUCAGCAUCAACAAGACCAAAGUGAGAUUGGAUCCAGCUGGCACCAACAGGUCCAAGGUGGGACAAGAUUCAGUCAGCAUCAACAAGACCAAAGUGAGAUUGGAUCCAGCUGGCACCAACAGGUCAAAGGUGGGACGUGAAUCUCUUGGCAUCAACAAAGUCAAAGCAGGACAGCAUCUGGUGAGCAUCAACAAGACCAAAGCAGGACGGGACCCAGUUGGCAUCAACAAGACCAAAACAGGACGGGACCCAGUUGGCAUCAACAAGACUAAAACAGGACGGGACCCAGUUGGCAUCAACAAGACCAAAGCAGGGCAGGAUCCAGUUGGCAUCAACAAGACCAAAGCAGGACGGGAUCCAGUUGGCAUCAACAAGACCAAAGCAGGACGGGAUCCAGUUGGCACCAAUAGGUCCAGGGCAGGAUGGGAUCCAUCUGGCACCAUCCACGUCACCCGACAUAAAAUAGGAUGGGAUCCACACAGUACCACUUGGAUUACCCAUCCCAAAGCGGAGCAGGUUGUCGUGGGAGCCAACCAGAGCACCAGGCAUUUGGUGUGGACCACACCUGGUACCAAGCCUCAAGCAGAACCAGCUCCAGUUGAUUCCACCAGGAGCACACAGGGGCUGGCAGGACAGGAUGCUGUUAGUGCUAUUCAAAGCAAUGUGGAACAGGAGAUUGUUGGUGUCACGCAGAGCAGCAGGUCCAAUGCAGAGCAGGACUCAGCCCUUACCGUGAGGCUCCAAGCAAGUGCUGUCAAAUGGAAUAACCACAGCCUGGGAGAACCAGGUCCAGGGAGUCCCAUGGGAAGCACGCUUCCUGUAGUAGAUUCAGAAGGUACCAUGAAGAGUGCAGCUCCUACAGCGGAACCAAGUCUGGAAUGGACCUCAUGGGUUUCACAUCCGUCAGUAGAACUGGGUUCUGAAGGUCCCGUAAGGAGCACUCAACGUGCAGCAGAACUAGGUCCUGAAAGUACAGUGUGGAGCAUGUAUCCCACAGCAGAGCCAGUUCCAGAAGGUACCAUGAAAAGCACGGAUACUAUAACAGAACUGGGUCCAGAAGGCACUGUGGACGUACAUCCUCUAACAGAACUGGACCAAGAUGUUAACAUGGGGGGUGCACGUACGUCAGUAGAACCAGACCCUAGAGGUGCCAUGAAUAGCACAGGGCCUACAGCAGGACUGUAUCCAGAUGAUAUCAUGAGGAGCACACGUCCCACAACAGAACUAGGUCCAGAUCCUAGCACAUAUCCUGCAGCAGAACCAGGUCCAGAAGGGACCAUGAAGAGCACAGGUCCUACAGCAGAAUUAGUUCUAGAAGGGACCACAGCAGAACUGGACCCAGAUGUUACCUUGAAGUUCACACAUCCUGCAGCAGAACUGGAUCCAGAUGUUACCAUGAGGCAUACAAGUCCUGCAGCAGAACUGGGUCCAGAUGUUACCACAAGGAACACACAUCCUGCAGUGGAACUGGGUCCAGAUGUUCCCAUGAGGAGCACAACUCCUGCAGGAGAACUGGCCCCAGAUGUUACCAUGUGGAGCACAAGUCCUGCAACAGAACUGGACCCAGAUAUUACCAUGAGGAACACACGUCCUGCAAUAGAACUGGAUCCAGAUGUUACAAUGAGGGGUGCACAUCCUGCAGUGGAACUGGGUCCAGAUGUUCCCAUGAGGAACACACGUCCUGCAACAGAACUGGGUCCAGAUGUUACCAUGAAAAGCACAACUCCUGCAGCAGAACUGGGUCCAGAUGUUACCAUGUGGAGCACAACUCCUGCAAUAGAACUGGACCCAGAUGUUACCAUGAGGAGCACACAUCCUGCAACAGAACUGGGUCCAGAUGUUACCAUGAAAAGCACAUCUCCUGCAGCAGAACUGGACCCAGAUAUUACCAUGAGGAGCACAACUCCUGCAAUAGAACUGGACCCAGAUGUUACCAUGAGGAGCACACGUCCUGCAGCAGAACUGGGUCCAGAUAUUACCAUGUGGAGCACAACUCCUGCAAUAGAACUGGGUCCAGAUGUUACCAUGAGGAGCACAAGUCCUGCAACAGAACUGGACCCAGAUAUUACCAUGAGGAACACACGUCCUGCAAUAGAACUGGACCCAGAUGUUACCAUAAGGAGUGCACAUCCUGCAGCAGAACUGAACCCAGAUGUUACCAUGAGGAGCACAACUCCUGCAACAGAACUGGGGCCAGAUGUUCCCAUGAAAGGUGCACAUCCUGCAGCAGAACUUGAUCCAGAAAGUACUGCUUGGACCACGCAUCUUCCAGAGGAAAUGGAUCCAGAUGGUGCUACGCAGAGCGCACAUUCUUCAGCAGAAUUGAGCUUGGGUGCUCGCAUAUGGGGCACAUAUCCCACAGCAGAUGUUUCCACCUGGAGCACACAUCCUGCACCUGAGUCUGGUCUAGAAGUUACCACAUGGGACACACAUUCUUCAGCUGAUUUUGAUCUACAUGGUACCACGAGGAGCAAACAUUCUUCAGCAGAAGCAAAUCUCAAAGACACAAUGGAGACUGAACAUAUUGCAAUAGAAACAAGUCUAAGAGAUGCCACGUGGAGGACUCAUCCUACCGAAGAACGAGCAUCAGAUGGAAUCAUGAGGAGAACGCUUCCCACAGCAGAAUCAGGUGCUGGUCCAAUUGAAAUCUCUGCUGUGCCCACUAGAGUUUCAUCACCCUCUCCAUCUCUAGGCCCCACUCAGGGGCUGGCUGUCUCUCCUGUCCUUGCUGUUCAACUGAGUCCAGGCUAUGGCACCCACUCACAGCACCCCACGAAGGCCCCCAGUACCCAGGGACCUCCAGAACCUACCCAGUAUCCUGAUAUCUCCAACACUCAGGGACCCCCAGCAUCCAUCCAACACCCUGCAGAGAGCCCCACUGCCUGGAAAGAGCUUUUGCUCUCCCAACCUGCCUCUGCAGAGCCCUCUGGCUUCCAGACACACCCAGACCUCUUUAUCCAGACUCCAACAAGGAACCCCAGUCCCCAGAGCCUCCCAGCACUCACCGCUCUCCCCCUAGAUCCCACCAGCUCUUACAUGAAUGCUGCUCAUUUCAAGCACCUCAUGAAUAUCCCCAGACCCCAGAGCCCCUCUGAGGACCCCAUAGGGACCCUCAGUACUCAGAAAGCCCCAGUAUCUGCCCAGCACCCCACAGAGACCCUCAGCUCCAAGAGCCCCCCAGCACUCUCCCAGUAUCUAACAGAGAUCCUCAGCACACAGGUCUCCCCAGCACCCAACCAGCACCCCAUGGAGACCUCUGAUAGCCAGCCCCCCCCAGCACCCACUGAACAAUCUAUGGAGAUCUUCAGCACCCAGAGACCCCUAGUAUCACCCCAGCAUUCCACAGGUGGUCCCCCCAACACCCAGAGGCCCCCAUCAACCCUACGACACCCUAUAAAGACCUUUGGUACCCAGAACCCUCCAGCAUCCCAUAAGCAUCCCAUGAAGUUGCUCAGUACUCGGACCCCCCCCGUAUCCCACCAGCAUGCCAAAGAGCCCCUCAGCACCCAGACACCUCCAGGACCCCUAAAGCACUUCACAGAUCCCCCCAGCACCCAGAUUCCCUCAGCACCUGUUCAGCAUCCAGUGGAGACCUUUGGCACUCAGACUCCCCAAGCACCCCUCCAGCACCCCAUGAAGUUGUUCAGCACCCAGACCCCACCAGCACCCACAGAGACCCUCCGUACCCAUUCUGCAAGUCCUGUACUGCCUGGACCCCCAUGUGCAGGUCCAGCUCAACCAGCACUGCCUGUGCCAACACUCUCUGCACUAUGGGACCGUGGGGGACCCUGUGUGGCCCCUGCACUGCGGGCACUGUUGUGGGAGGUGCGGGGGCUGCGGGGGCAGCUGAAAGCCCUGGCCCGCAACCAGAGGCAGGGAGCUCAGCGACUGGAGGCCAUUGCCCGCCGCCUGGGCAGACUGGCUGCCCUGGGGCAGCACUUCUUGGAGGAGCCCACCUGGCAAUACGGGGGUGUGGGCAUUCGGAGAGGGGCCUUGCACAGGAGGCAAGGGAAAGGUGGCCCCAGCAGCUGGGGAGGCCCUGCUGGCAGCAUGGGGGGGCUGCAUAGCAUCGGACUGUGCCUGGCUUUGUGCUGUGGCGCCGUGAUGGGAUCUGUGCCUGCCCGGCUCUCUGGCAGCCAUUCCCAGUGCCAGGGCCGUGUGGAGCUGCUGCAGGCUGGAACCUGGGCCUCGGUCUGUGCCGUGGGCUGGGACCUUGCAGCUGCCCGUGUCCUGUGCCGCCAGCUGGGCUGUGGUCGCCCCCGUGCCGUCCCACUGCCCUGCAGCCCAACCAAGGCUGAGGGGGACGUGGUGGGUCUGCGUCAGGUGCUGUGUGCAGGGCAGGAGCUGGACUUGGAGCACUGCGAGCUGCAGCCUGGUGAUGCUGUGUCCUGUCCCUCCAAACAUGUGGCUGCUGUCAACUGUGAAGAGCCCUUCAGGCUGCGUCUGGCUGAUGGGCCCAGGCGCUGUGCGGGGCGUCUGGAGGUGCAGCGAGCCGGGCGCUGGGGCACGGUGUGUGAUGACGGAUGGAGCAGGACCAACGCGGCUGUGGUCUGCCAGGAGCUGGGCUGUGGCGAGGCACAAGGCCUGGAUGGGGAGCGGCCGCGUUUCAAGCCCGGUGUCGGGCGCAUCUGGCUGGAUGAUGUCCGAUGCCGAGGGCAGGAGAAGAGCCUGCAGGACUGCGCACACCGUGUGUGGGGAUACCAUGACUGCACCCACCAUGAGGACGUUGGAGUUGUGUGCCAGGAUCCCUGAGCAUCGUGGCUCUGGCUCCGGUAGCUUCAGGAAUUGCAUCUAGCCCUCCUGUGUCAUCUGCAUGAGGAACCAAAACAGGACCCUGAGACCAAACAGGACUGCAGCUCAAACCAAUCCUGAGUCAAAACAGGAUCCAGAACCAAAUAGAACCCUAAGCCUGAAUGGAACUGAAUGGAAAUCCUUGCCCAAACAGGACCCAGAAUAAAAACAGGACUCCCCAAACCAGACAGGAUCCAAAAUCAAAAAGGACCCAGAGCCCAAACAAGACCCUGCAUUCAGACAAGACCCAGAGCCCAAACAGAACCCCAACCCAAACAGAAUCUGCAGAUCCUCUGCCUAAACAGGAUCCUGAGUUAAAACAGAACCCAAAACCAAGCCAGCCCCCAAGCCUAACCAGGACCCAAAAUAUAGACAGGACUCCCCAGUCUCAGGAUCCAAAUGGUCCUCAAGCCCAAACAAGAUCCCAGAUCCAGACAGGACCCAGAGCCCAAACAGGACCCAAAACCAAACAGGCCCUCAUCCCAAACAGAACUCAAAAUACAAACAGGACUCCCAAACCCAGAUAAGACCCUACAUCAAAAAGGAUCCAGAGCCCAGACAAGACCCCAUAUCCAGACAGGGUCCUGAGCCCAAACAGGAUCCAACCCAAACACAAUCAGGACUCCCUGUUGAAACACAACUCCAAGCCCAGAAAGGAUCCAAGUCUUCAGCCCCAUCCGCUGCCUCCCUGCCCCAGCCCUAUGCCUUUAAUGGUGUCAUUAAAAGCCAGCAGCAUCCACAA